GCAAGGAUGAUACAAAGAUGCAGAGCUGGGUACAGGAACAGAAACAAGUUCUUAUGACUCUUUUGGUCAGACAGGAGAGAGUACGAGCUCAGUCCAUCAGGAUAUGCAGUGAUUGCACACGUGACCUCCUGUAAUCAGAAAUGAGUACACCUGGGGCAUAUGUACUGGACAUGAGCAGCAGAAAUCUGUGAUAUGGUGACACUGAUCAUGGCAGUGCAGGCUCCCAUAAACCAUAGUAUUCACUCUCUAGUUACUCCAGAGUCUAAUGUCACAGCAUUGGACAUUCUUGGACCUUGGACAGAGCCUACAUUCACUGUAGCUGCAAAGUUCCGCGUGGGCGUCACCUGUUUCUUCUUUUUGAUUUCAUCAUGCAGUAAUGUGGCGGUUUUGUGCAGUAUCAGUGGGAAGAGAUGUAAGUCACACCUACGCAUUCUCAUCCUUAGCCUUUCUGUGGCAGACCUCCUGGUUACCUUUUUGGUCAUGCCAUUGGACGCUUUCUGGAAUGUAAUGGUUCAGUGGUAUGCAGGGGAGCUGUCCUGCAAGGUCCUCAACUUCGGAAAGCUGUUUGCCAUGUAUUCUGCAGCACUAGUGUUGGUAGUGAUCAGCCUGGACAGACACUGGGCCAUCCUGUACCCUCUCAGCUUCACCAGCGCUGGACAGCGAAAUCGUAUCAUGCUGUGGUUUGCCUGGAUAGGCAGCCUUCUACUGGCAUCACCCCAGCUCUUUCUCUUUCGUCUGCGUACUGUUCCUGGAGCCAACUUCACCCAGUGUGCCACCCAUGGAAGCUUUCCAGAACGCUGGCAGGAAACCACCUACAACAUGGUCACAUUUUGUACCCUAUUUGUCACUCCACUUGUGGUCAUGAUUGUGUGUUACACGCGCAUCUUGUGGGAAAUCAGCAAACAGAUGAAACACAAGAAUGAGCUUGCAAGAAGUAAGAAUGACCUCAUAUCAAAGGCAAGAUUGAAGACUCUGAAGAUGACCUUAGUCAUUGUGGCGUCAUUCAUGGUUUGCUGGACACCUUAUUAUCUGUUGGGAAUAUGGUAUUGGUUCCAGCCCGACAUGAUCCACCAAAUUCCAGAAUAUGUCCAUCACAGCCUAUUUUUAUUUGGCUUACUGCACACCUGUACUGAUCCCCUUGUCUAUGGCUUGUACACUCCAUCCUUCAAAGAGGAUGUGCGGUCUUGGGCCAGAAGAGUUGGAACUCUCUUGUCAAGGAAGGCCAAAAACAGCAAACAACUUACAGGUUCCGAGGUAAACAUCAAAGACUUCACCUCUGUUGAUGGGCAAAUGUCUAGUGGCAUUACAUUGCAGUCUGUUUUCUGAAGCAAAGACUAGUGAUUCCAGAUUCUUACAAGUCAACCCAACUUAGGAAGGAACAACCUUGACAUGUUACCAAGAAUAUAACAUGUCUAUAUGCACUGAUUAAUAAACUAUCCCUGUGGGCUUGCCAGAAGAAACGAACAGUCUAAUUUUCGUCCAGGUACCUCAUGUUAAGUUGAUCUGCAAAGAUAUAUGACAUUUUGUAUUUCUCAGCAGGUGUUAAGCACCUCCCACAUCCCUGAUGGAGUUAUUAAUGGAAAACCAGAAAUUUUUCUAUUUAUCUCAUCUUCCACAUGCGGUUCUAUGUGAGCUACUUCUUUUUAAAUGCAUAUUUCUGAUAUAUGUGCAUGAAAUUAUGUGGUUGAAACAUUUGUUUUUGCAUACACAAAGAGC